GCAAACCAGAUAAUUGUUUACUUAUUUAAAUAAUACUCUAAAUGUGCAAAGAACAGAUAUUUGCGAGAUUAUUUGAGGUUGAAAACACUAAGAGCCUUAAAUAACAGCAUUCAUUGUUGGAUGAAUGAAGUGAGGCAGUGUGGAGGUGGAUGUUGAUGAUGGAGCAACCUCGCUUGUCAACUGACGUGUUUAUGUCAGAGCUGACACUGAUGUUCCACAAUGCCCGAACACAUGGAGAGGUGACAGUAACAAUAAAGAGAUAUGAUGGCCGCACUAAGCCACACCCUAAGCCCAGAAAGCUCAAGAAUGGCAAGAUGUCCAUCGUUGAACCUUUACCAGAGCCUGAGGAAUACAGUUGUUUAUUACGAGCCAAAACCAAGGAUAAGAAGAUUAGUACAGUUUCGGCUUCCGAUGCUCUGAGGUUCCAGCUUCAGUUCGCCCAGUUCCUUCGCUCAAAUAUGGAUGGCCUUAAGAAAGAGAAGAAGGCUAAGAAAAAAGUCAAGAAAGCUACUCAGUAAAUAUGUAAAAAGAACCUAGAUAUUAUUUAUGGAAAGGUGUUAAGGUGGAAAUAAAUAUGGCUACAUAAUCUGCAGAGGAGGGCCACACUGCCAGGAUGAGUUUGGGUUGGUCAUGGGCAUACCUUCCAUCCAAUGUCAUGGAAUAUCUUGGAAAAGGACAUGUAAUAUUUUGGUAACAGUGAUGCACGAGUUGAUUUAUGAUAUUCACAUGUAGGUGUAAAGUCCAGAUUUUGUAUGCCUUGCAGCCAAAUUAUAUGAAAAAAUAGUUUGAUUCACUAAUGACUGCUGAUGGUAUAUAGAGUUGGCAAGUGCAAUUUAAGCCUUUUUGGGUAGAUAAAAAUCUAAAUCUGUUUGAUUGUAUUUAAUUAUAUAUUUUAAAGCUAAAUGAAAAAAUAUGAAUAGACUUAUGAAGUGAGUGAUUCAUGUUUUGCUUUAUAACCCUCUGAUAUUAUAUUAAGUGACCUCAAUUUUUUUUUUAUUACCAUUAAUUUUAACAGCUGUCACUGCCAACGUUAUAUUGAUUUUACUCAUUUUUAUGGUUUACCAUUUUAAUGUGCCAACAUAAAUGUGGCUGCAAUGUCAUAUGCUUGCCAUACCUGUUUGAAUAGACUUCUGUGGUGUGUUACUUCAGUGUUUUUCUGGUAGCUGCUUUGAUAUUCUUAUAAAAAUCCAAUAUACAAACUUGUUAAUCAUUAUUGCUGCUAAUGAAUAAAACAUGUGCAACAAUUGGGUAUCUGUACUGCCAAAUUAUUAUUAUAAUCAGAACUAAGUGCUAAACCCACAAGGGUCAUACAACUUUGCUCUAUUGCCAAAAUGCAUUACAUGCACAACAACGUAUCAGUCAAAUACUGGCGACAGCGGAAGCAGUAGUUUUGAGGUGAUCAGUCCCUCAGCCUUGGUGAAAUGAUACAGUAUUGCUACUGUUUAUUAAGCGAGUUAAAUAGAGAAUAUACUUGGGAGUGGUGUAUCAGGACUAUGAAGAUUAUAUUCAUUCAUAAAAUAACUGAAAAUUCAGAUUUUUAUAAGGCAAUGUUAAAAGGUAAAUAAUUUAAUUUCAGAACAGAAAUUACCCUGGCUUUCAUAUUACAUUAUUUUGCUUGCCUAAUCUUAUCUACAAGUUCAUUUCAUGGGUCAGUCUCUAUUCACUGCUUUCAUUUGGUAUGCAUGCUUCAACAGAGCUUGUUUUAUGUCAGUAUGGGGGUUCUUGAUCAAAGGAGCUGGACCAGUUCUCCCCUUGGAUCAAACAGUCCCCAUGGGUUUAGCACUUACCCCUAAAUUUAAUGAUAAUUGGUAUAAAAAGUGUAUAGCAGUGUCCUUGAAACACCUUGCACAACUCAUUUACACACCACAAAAUGCUAUUAUCUAGAGGUAAAUACAUUAAGUUCAUCUUUAGCCCUUUUUUUCACUUAUCAGUGCAGUGCUGUACAACCCUUUUGGGUUUAGGACUUAAUCUGAUCAUAUUCACUUUUUAGUUCCUUUUGUCUAUACAAAUGAGAUUGAUCAUAUUUCAUAAGUUCUAGCAUGGACUUUACAGAUCGAGAAAAUUGUUGCAAUAGUCUUGCAGAGCAUUUAGUGAUGUGCAAGUUUAGCACUGCAUUUGUAUUUUUCUUUUUAUCUACCAAUGAAGGUUACAGCUUGACUAAGUUGCUACACUACUGUAAAACUGAGCUGCUGUAAAAGUGACCUGGACUGUGUAUGAAGCACAUCUGGGGUGCAGCUCAUGUCUUUGUAUGCCACAGUAUGUCCUGAGUAUAUAAUGUGGUGUUGGAAAGGUAUCGCUCUUUAUGACUAUAAAAUGUUAUCCCAGCUCUGGCACUUUGUAUCAAAUGGUGCUGCUGCAUCAUAGUGAAGAAUCAAAAAUUUGUUUUCACAUUUUAUAUUUGGGUACUUUUCCUGGAGCUAUCUUCCUUAUUGAUAUUUGGUAUCUUUGAAUAUUUUUAUUGCUGUUUAAUAAAAGAAUGGUUAUAUAA